AUGCUGACCGGCGAUGAGCAAGGCGGCGCGCCGCUGCUGCCACCGCAGCAGCAGCAGCUGCAGCAGCAGCAGCAAAGGCAGGCUCAGCAGCAACUGCAGCAGCAGCAACAGUUGCAGCCGCAGCCACUGCAGCCGCCUUUACACGGCCUUCAGCAGCCGAUGCAACAGCAACAGCUGCCGCAGCAACAGUUGCAGCAGCAGCAGUUGCAGGAGCAACAACUGCAGCAGCAGCAACUGCAGCAGCAACUGCAGCAGCAGCAACUUCAGCGGCAGCAGCUGCAGCACGCUCCGCAGCCGCUCUUGAGCUCUCACCAUCAGCAGCAAAUGCAACAGGAGCAGCACCAGCAGUUCCUGCAGCAGCAACAGCUUCAGCAGCAACAGCUGCAGCAGCAGCAGCAGCUACAGCAGCAGCAGCUGCAGCAGCAACAGCUUCAGCAGCAGCUGCUGCAACAGCAGAUGCAGCAGACAGCAAUGCAAAGUCCACAGCGCCAACUGCUGCUCUCGCAGCAGCAGCAGCAAAUGCAGCAGCAACAGCUUCUCCAGCAGCAGCGCCUCCGUGCGGUUCAGCAGCAGCAGCAGCAGCUGCAGCAACAGAUGACACAGCAGCAGAUGCAGCAGCCGUACCUUGGCGGGCUGCGUCUGGGUAUGCAGCCGCAGCAGCCGCAGCAGCCCCACCGCAUGGUCACUCCGCAGCAGCAGCAGCAGCAGCAGCAACUGCAGCAGCAGCAGCAGCAACUGCAGCAGCAGCAGCAGCUGUACAUGCGCCAGAUGUCGCCAGCCCCAAGUAGGUCAUUAGCAGCAGCACGAGCAGCAACUGCAGCAGCAUAG